AUGAAAGGGUAUUUGAUGACCGUCUAUGCCAUGAUCCUGGCCGUCAUUAGUAUGGUACUGGACGUUACACUUUUCUGGAAAGAGAAGCUUCUAUCAUGGUGGCGCUCCAAAUCUCCUCGGACUCGACUGCGUCAUGCCCUGGAGAUAGCUACAAACUAUGAGGAUUGGGAAGAGGCCGCCUUCGAGCUGGAUGAGAUUCUGAGCCUGGAUCUAUGGCGCCAAAAUCCGACCAGCAAAUAUUAUGACUAUCGUCUAAUCAUGGGCCGACUGACGGCUCUGAUGACUGCGCGAGAAGACGACGACAUCCUCAUGCUGGUCAAUCUCCUCCGGUCGGGACUUGUCCGUAACUUGGGCAAUAUUACCACCCAUAAGCUUUUCCUAUAUGCUCAUGCGGGCACAAAGCUGCUGAUAGACGACUACAUUACACAGGUCGCCCUCUCCAUUCAGCAUGUGACAGCGCUCCAGACCGCCCCCGUACAUGAGAGCGGGUUCACUUCCCAAGCCAAGGUAGAGUUGCUACAUGAUACCCGCCAGGCAUUCGGGAGAACGACUUUACUCUUACAGGGCGGUUCGACUUUUGGGUUGUGUCAUCUCGGUGUUGUCAAGGCGCUUCAUCUGCAGGGUCUCUUGCCGCGAAUCAUCACAGGCACGGCUACGGGUGCGCUUAUCGCAGCUUUGGUCGGCGUCCACAGCGAAGACGAGUUGCUGAAUUUUCUUGACGGUGAUAGAAUUGACCUUUCUGCCUUUGAGCGGCGUCAACGGCCUGAGGCGCAACCUCCGGGGUGGAUUAGCUGGCUACUACCCUCUUCAGCUUUCGCGGACAAUGGGUUGAUGACUUUAAUUCGGCGAACCAGACGGUAUCUUACGAAGGGCUACUUCCUCGAUGCUAAAGUUUUGGAGGAGUGCGUACGCGCCAACUUAGGUGAUCUCACGUUCGAGGAGGCAUACGCUCGGUCGAAGCGCAUUCUGAACAUAACAGUGGCAACGUCAGGCCGAAGUGGUACACCGAACCUUCUCAACUAUCUGACUGCACCGAACGUGCUGAUUUGGUCCGCCGCGGUCGCCUCGAAUACCUCCAACAACGGUUUCUACCGCCCAGUCACGAUCUACUGCAAAGACGAAGCAGGUUCCAUUGUUCCCUGGCCACACUCACAAGACGUCAUCUUCCAACCCUGGCGCCACAUCAGCUACGACGAGGGCGAAUCCCCACUGUCGCGAAUCGCCGAGCUCUUCAACGUAAACCACUUCAUCAUUUCCCAAGCAAGACCAUACAUCAUCCCGUUCCUCCGCUCAGAGCUCAACUUCCUCGACCGCCGGCCCACAACAGGCCGGUGGAAUAUGACACGCGCCCUAGCACGCCUCGUAGCCCUAGAAAUCGGCCACCGGCUCCGUCAACUCAACUAUCUAAGCCUCCUACCAUCCACAAUAGCGCGGCUCCUGAUCGAGGAAACCGUUCCCGGGUCCCAGCUAACGCUCGUCCCCGACCUGAAGCUCAGCGACUUUCUCAAACUUUUCCAAACCCCAGACCAAGCCAGCCUAGCACACUGGAUCCUCAAAGGCGAGCGAGGCGUCUGGCCCGCCGUCUCGGCGUUAAAGGCGACGGAAACCAAACGAGACACUGUUCCCGGGGCCAGCGAUGGCGACGGCGAUCAUAUCGGGGUCGGGAACAGUGACUGA